AUGUAUAAGUUGGAUGAUGAAGAUGACCAAAGCUUUCACGCUACGCGUGACGGCUACUCCCAUUUGAGCGAUGUCGAAUGGGAUGCGGUUGAACGAAUGGGUUCGACCAUGGGCAUCCAUGCUGUUAGCCUCAUGCUAGAGGCUCUCAAUAGAGAUGCCCAACAUGCUACUUUUGCCAAGUUCACUCAGAAUGAACUUGACGCUGAACGCGAGAAAGUAGCCUUGCUUCACCAACAAGGUUCUCAACAAUCAGAGUUGUUGAGAGAACAGGGUUCUCAACAGUUUGAACUGUUGAGACAGCAGCAGGCUGCUGCUGGUGGGUCGAUGCACUCGCGUCGACCCGAAACCUUGAAGAUUGACAUCUCCAAGUACAGGGGAGUCGAAGAGGACUCCCUCUUGAGAUGGUUCGUUGAAUCGGAUGACACCAUAAGGGCGCGUCGCAUCGACGACGGGGAUAUGGAAGCUGCAUUUGCCCAGUCAAAUCUAGCAGGACGUGCCAAGACUUGGGCACUGGGGCUCAAAUUGCACGACCCAUAUGCGUUUGGGUCGUUGGAAGUCUUCAAGUCGCGGCUCAGACAAACGUUUGAACCGCCUAGAGCUGAGUUCAGAGCUCGAACCGAACUCUUGAAGCUCAAACAGGGUAAGCGUGAUGUGCACGCUUACGCGCAACAUAUACGACAUCUCACGAGUUGUAUAAGUUCCAAUCCGGUGGAUGAACACACGUUGGUUUCGGUGUUCAUGCAGGGUCUUGCGGAUGGUCCCGUCAAGACUCACCUGUUCCGGCUUGAACUAGAUUCACUAGAACAAGCCAUUUCCAUUGCGGAGCAGGAAGACUUCAGUCUGAGACAGGCUCGCGCCAGCUCGGAUGGUCCCGUCAAGACUCACCUGUUCCGGCUUGAACUAGAUUCACUAGAACAAGCCAUUUCCAUUGCGGAGCAGGAAGACUUCAGUCUGAGACAGGCUCGCGCCAGCUCGACAUCAUAUCGUCAACCGAGACGAUAUGACAACAGAGGUCCAAAGCCGAUGGAACUCUGUUAUGUAGAGGGCGAGAAGGCUCGCUCUACAGGCUACAAGAAGUUGCAGAGAUGCAACAGAUGUCAAGAGACAGGACACUACGCUUACGAGUGUAGUUCCCCUCGUCCUGUGUCUUGCGACACUGGGCGUAGUGACCGUCCACCCAUGAGAAACGGGCAGGGACGCGGGUCCGCUGUUGGUGCAAAGACGCAACAACGGGAUGGACCGUCAAAAAACGGACAGGAUCAGUAG